AUGGACCCCAACACCCCCACAAACGACCUCAAAACAAAGCGCCAACAAAUGGCAAAACAAGCCCGCGCCGCCAAAACCACCAAACACACAUCCAGCCAAAAAAAGAUGGAAAACGCACGGAAGCGAAAAUCAACCUACGCACUAGCAGAAAGCAGAAAUUCCUCUCAUCCUCAAAAAGAAUCUCCUCCCAACGCUGAACCAAGCUCUCCACUCCCCGACGACCCCAUCCGAAGCUGGAUCGAGGACCGUAUGCACGAGAUCCACAACCUCGAUCUGAAUCCAGAAAUCGAAAACAAAAACAUCGCAGACGGGAGGGAAGCGUACAAGGUUUACCUCGAAUACUACCAACUAUUCAGAAUGCUAGCCAAUGAUCUGGUUAGUUCUGCGUUGAAGUUACGGGCAGGUUUAUUUUUCAAGCCCCAGUGUUGGAAAUACGCUCCUGAAGAUAGCCGUAUCUGGGAUAUAAAGCCCGGGACUGUGGUCACGGACAAUGGCUUGGGGUAUGGAUUGCACGCCAGUCUUAAGGAAUGUGAGAAGUAUGAGGAGACCUAG